AUGUGGAUUCAUAAUGGGGAGGGAAGAAGCAUGUCCCGUCUGUCUCUAACACGGUCCCCGGUUUCUCCUCUGGCUGCUCAAGGAAUUCCUCUCCCAGCUCAACUCACCAAGUCGAACGCUCCCGUGCACAUCGAUGUAGGAGGACACAUGUACACCAGCAGCCUGGCUACCUUGACAAAGUACCCAGACUCCAGAAUAAGUCGUCUGUUUAAUGGCACAGAGCCUAUUGUCUUGGACAGUUUAAAACAACAUUAUUUCAUUGAUCGAGAUGGUGAAAUUUUCAGAUAUAUAUUAAGCUUCCUAAGGACAUCUAAGCUACUGCUCCCAGAUGACUUUAAGGACUUUAAUCUUUUAUAUGAAGAAGCAAAGUAUUACCAGCUGCAGCCAAUGAUUAAGGAACUUGAGCGAUGGAAACAAGAGAAAGAACAAAGGAAACAUUUCCAGCCUUGUGACUGCUUGGUCGUAAGAGUGACUCCAGAUCUGGGGGAAAGAAUUGCAUUGAGCGGGGAGAAAGCUUUAAUAGAAGAGAUCUUCCCAGAGACCGGGGACGUCAUGUGCAACUCCGUAAACGCAGGCUGGAAUCAGGACCCUACCCAUGUUAUUAGGUUUCCUUUGAACGGAUACUGCCGGUUGAAUUCAGUGCAGGUGCUCGAAAGAUUAUUUCAGAAGGGAUUUAACGUCGCAGCUUCAUGCGGUGGUGGGGUGGAUUCCUCUCAGUUCAGUGAAUACGUGCUGUGUCGCGAAGACAGACGACCACAACCUACCCCAACAAUCAGAAUAAAACAGGAGCCCCUGGACUAGACUCUACCCGUACUCCUUUGUAACCGUAGAAGUGUUUAAUAGUCCCUUAUGUGAAAUACUAAGGAUUUGCAAAACAGUAUUAGCAAACAGAUUUUGACUUUAUGUUGCCAAUUAGUGGUAUUCUGAAACUACCUGUCACAUAGCCAGCCAUGAAAUGUAUUUGAAAAACCAGUUGUCCGUUUUUCACGAUGAAAUUCCUGAGCAUGCUCAGCAUACCAGCCCUGCUGGCAGUGUACUUUGGGCUGAACAGCUGUGGUGGUGAAAAAGGCAAAGCUUCAUAAACCCCUGACCCUAGAUUGGACUUCUGCAGAAAGACCAAUUAAAGCAAUUUGAAUAGAUCAGCAGGAGAAACGGUUCUGACAGCCUUUCCAAUGAUACCCCGAUG